AUGCGUCCUUCCGCCUUCCUUUCCUUCCUUUCCACGGCCGCCUUCGGGGCGCACGCGCUCGUCGCGCCCGAGGCGCAGCCCGACGCCCCGUUCUGGAUGGAGUCCAUCAAGCACCAGGGCAUUGCGCCGUACAGUUCGGACCCCGCCUCGUACCAGGUCUUCCGGAACGUCAAGGACUUCGGCGCGGUUGGCGACGGCGUCGCCGACGACACGGCCGCCAUCAACGCGGCGAUUUCAACCGGCAACAGGUGUGGUGGAGGCAACGUGACUUGCUGGUCCACGACCACGACCACUGCGAUCAUCUACUUCCCGAAGGGAACGUAUCGCGUCACCUCCUCUAUCCAGGCAUACUACCUGUCCCAGCUUAUCGGGGACGCCCGUCAUCCGCCAACGAUUAUCGCCGACCCCAACUUUGGGCCCGACGGUGCUGCCGUUAUCGAUGCGGACCCGUCCAACAAGAACGGGAACUGGUACAUCAACCAGGACAACUUCUUCCGCAGCGUGCGGAAUCUCGUCAUUGACACCACCCAGCAGCCUGCGAACGCGACCGCGAGAGGCAUCCAUUGGCAGGUCUCGCAGGCAACGUCCCUUAUGAAUGUCGUCGUGAACAUGAACUCGGACAACGGUACUAAGCAUCAGGGUCUGUUCAUGGAGAACGGCAGCGGUGGCUUCAUGGGAGACAUCGUCUUCAACGGAGGCGACAUGGGCAUGUGGAACGGCAACCAGCAGUUCACUGUCAGGAACGUCACCGUCAACAAUGCCGUUCGCGCAAUUUACUCUCCUUGGAACUGGGGCUGGACAUACCAGGGCGUCACCAUCAACAACUGCUCCGUCGGCUUCGACGUCGGGACCGGCUCCGUCGGCUCCCUCGCGAUCAUCGACGCCGUAGUCAACGACACGCCCAUCAUGGUCCGCGGCUCCGCCAACUCGACCGGGCACGAGAACGCGGCGCUCAUCCUCAACAACGUCCGCCUCACGAACGUGCCCGUCGCAGUCGGCGUCCUCAACACCACCGCCCCCGUCCUCGCCGGCACCGACGGCGCGGGCACGAUGGUCAUCGACAGCUGGGCGCAGGGCAUGGUCUACACCGGCCUCGCGGGCGCCAGCGCGUUCACCGAGGGCACGGUUCGUGCGCGGAAGCCCGCGGCGGUGCUCGACGGCGCGGGACGCGUCUUCGGGCGCACGCACCCGCAGUACGUGGACCAUGCGCCGAGCCAGUUCGUGAGCGUGCGGAGCCUCGGCGCGAAGGGCGACGGGGUCGCGGACGACACGGAGGCGCUCCAGCGCGCGAUCACGCAGUGCGCCGGGAAGAAGAUCAUCUUCGUCGACGCGGGCGUGUACUACGUGUCGGACACGCUCUACAUCCCCGGGAACACGCAGCUCGUUGGCGAGGGCUGGAGCGUGAUCAUCGGAGGGGGCGAGAAGUUCCAGGACAUGAACAACCCGCAGCCCGUCAUCCAGGUCGGUAAGGAGAACGAGGUUGGCGACGUUGAGAUUACGGACAUCGUCUUCUCGACGCGUGGCUCGGCCCCCGGGGCUAUCGUCAUGCAGUGGAACAUCCACCCAACCACUCAAGGCGGCGCCGGCGUGUGGGAUACCCACUUCCGGCUCGGGGGCAGUGCCGGCACCAACCAGUCACUCGCGGAGUGCCCUCGUGGCAGCUUCAACUGGCCUCAGUGCCUCACUGACUUCCUUGCCCUCCACAUCACGAGCAAAGCUUCUGCGUACAUCGAGGGUGCAUGGAUCUGGUCCCCGGACCAUGACAUGGACGAUCCCAACAUUUCCCAGCUCAACGUCUUCAGCGGCCGCGGGGUUCUCUCCGAGUCCCAGGGUCCCGUCUGGUUGAUUGGCUCCGGCUCGGAGCACCACGUAAUGUACCAGCUCAACCUCCAGAACGCGCAGAACCACUAUAUCGGCCUGUUCCAGAGCGAGACGCCAUACUACCAGCCCGGGCCCGCCCCGCCCGCUCCGUUUGUGUACAACAAGGACUUUAAGGACCCGGUCUACACAGCCAACCAGACGUCCUCAUGGUCUGUCAACGUCGAGUCCUCCAAGGACAUCUUCGUGUUUGGCGCGGGUCUCUACAGCUUCUUCGUGAACUACACAAGCUCGUGCCCCGGCGCUGGCAUGUGCCAGUCGCAGAUCUUGAACAUCGCCUCCGACUCGGUCGACGAGGUCGCCAUCUUCGGGCUCUCUACGGUCGGUGCGCAAAUGAUGCUGUCCGUCGAUGCGAACGGCGUCGUGCCCUCGAAGCCCAACUACAACGGCUUCGAGUCCACCAUCACUUCGUGGAGCAGCUCGUGA